AAAUCCAAGAUCACUGCUUCCCGCAAACUGUUGCUCAAGAGCUUGAUGCUGGCCAAAGCCAAGGAGUGCUGGGAGCAAGAGCAUGAGGAGAAGGAAGCUGAGAAGGCCAGGUACCUGGCUGAAAGGAUUCCUACGCUCGAGACUCGAGGCCUGUCACUCAGUGCCCUGCAGGACCUGUGCAGGGAGCUACAUGCUAAGGUAGAGGUUGUGGAUGAGGAGAGGUAUGACAUUGAAGCCAAAUGCAACCAUAACACCCGGGAGAUCAAGGACUUGAAGCUGAAAGUGCUUGAUCUUCGAGGAAAGUUCAAACGCCCACCCCUGCGACGGGUCCGCGUGUCUGCAGAUGCCAUGCUCCGGGCACUGCUGGGCUCAAAGCACAAAGUGUCCAUGGACCUGAGGGCCAACCUCAAGUCUGUGAAGAAGGAGGACACAGAGAAGGAGCGGCCUGUGGAGGUGGGUGACUGGCGUAAGAAUGUGGAGGCCAUGUCUGGCAUGGAGGGCCGGAAGAAGAUGUUUGACGCAGCCAAGUCGCCAACCACCCAGUGAAAGGUUGCUUUCCCAAGCUCUGCAGGAUUUCCGUCUCACCCUCUGCUCCUCUCACCUUCCACACCCCACUCCAACUCUGUCCAAGUCCCUCGGCCCAUCUUCAGAGAUGUCACCUGAAUCUGUGACAGGGGACCUCCACAGCCUAGUCAUACACCUAUCACUCCCAACUCUUCAACACAUCAGGCCUGGCCUCAGCCCUGCUCCAGAACUGGGAACUGAAUUAACACCAAAGGGAGGAGAAAAAUGGAAAUAUCCCAGGAGCAAGGAAGUAAAAACCAUUGGUCCAGACCACACCCAGCUAAGUAGAUUUCCUUGGCUCAUUUUUAGGCACUGAGGCAUCCUGAGUCAUUUGUCCCUCACUCUCACCUGCCCUCAGGCCCCAGAGCACUCACCUUGCCUCAGAAGGGCUGAUAUGGAUGCUGUAACCCUUUCUACUGUCUUCUCCUUCCCUUCUUUUAUGUAUAUGACGUGUGGCCUG